CGCGCGCGCGUGCGCGGAGUGGGGGAGAGUCCGCCCAGCUGCCCCAGACCCAGGGCAAGAAAGGGUCGCGUUAGCCGCGCGACCCUAGACGCCCGCCGCUGCCCAAUUCCCUACCGCCGGCAUGAACCGCAAGAAGCUGCAGAAGUUGACGGACACCUUAAUUAAAAAUUGCAAGCACUUUAAUAAAUUUGAAGUAAACUGUCUUAUAAAUCUUUUUUAUAAUUUGGUGGGAGAAGUAACAGAGCGGCAAGGUACCACCAUUGGGCUAGAUCGUAAUGCAUUUCGAAACAUCCUACACGUGACAUUUGGAAUGACAGAUGACAUGAUUAUGGACAGAGUAUUCCGAGGUUUUGAUAAGGACAACGAUGGCUGUGUAAACGUAUCAGAGUGGAUUUAUGGAUUAUCAGUAUUUCUUCGAGGAACUUUGGAAGAAAAAAUGAAAUAUUGCUUUGAGGUGUUUGAUUUGAAUGGUGAUGGAUUCAUUUCAAAGGAGGAAAUGUUCCAUAUGUUGAAGAACAGCCUACUCAAACAGCCAUCUGAAGAAGACCCUGAUGAAGGAAUUAAAGAUUUGGUUGAAAUAACACUUAAAAAAAUGGAUCAUGACCAUGAUGGGAAGCUGUCUUUCACAGACUAUGAACAGGCUGUAAGAGAAGAGACCCUUCUACUAGAAGCUUUUGGACCAUGUCUUCCUGAUCCAAAGAGUCAUCUGGAAUUUGAAGCUCAAGUAUUCAAAGAUCCAAGUGAAUUCAAUGAUAUAUGAAUACCUAAAAGUGUUGUCUCAAAAUGAAGCAGAUGAUCUUCUCAAAUGUUUUCCAGUCUCAGUUACCAUUGAAGGAGGAGCCAACCUAAAUACAUACCAAGCAAAUCAAAGUCCUCUUCUCAUGAAACUUGCCCAGUUUUUAAGGGGAGCAGAAAAGGAAGGAAGUCUUAACAGUGGACUAUCCUGCAUGAAACGAAGAAUUCUUCAGCAUUUGAAAUGUCUUUAUCAGAGUGCCAUUAACCUGAGCAAUGGUUAACUGUUCACAGUUCCAUCAGUUGGUAAUUUGUGGCUUUCUGUGUACCUCCUGCCUCCUACCUAAUCCGUCCAAGAAAAUAUUCCUCCCCCUAAGACACACAUCCUCUUGUUUAUUUUCACCUCCCUCCUGCCUGUUAAGCUCUACACUGCCCCUAUUAUGUGGCCCCAGCCAGACUCACAGAGAUUUCCCUGGGUGAGAAGCUUGCUAACUUAAAGGCAUUUGAAUAAAUUGGGUAAAAUACAAGCUGUCCUCCACUUAACCUGAGGUGCACCUUCCUGUCUUCUGUCCCCGUCUCCAAAGUCAGCCCAGAGCUGGGCAACAGUGAGCCUGAAGAUGGAGAAUGGCACAGAAGGAAGCAGAGGAAUUUACAAGUUCUCCUGCAAGAGACAUUUAGAGCUUGUGUCACUGCCUCCUGGUAGGAAUGAUUAACUCCAAAGCCCAGGGAAGUCCAGGAGAGUAAUUAAAACCAUUUGGCCAAGUCCUCCUUAAUGACUCCUUCAGAAAUACAAGAGAGUCAGAAAGUGGAUAAAAUGACUGCUACAAUCUCAAUAAUACAUUCUACAACAAUCCAGAGAGCACUUUUGUUCCAGGUAUUAUGCUAAGUACUUUAUAUUCAUUAUCUUACUCAUUUCUCACAACUACACUAAGAGGUAAACAUUAUUUACUGUCUUUAUCCUACAUAUGAGACAAUAGGAGUUUAAGAAAAUCAAGGAACUCCUUCAACAUCUUAAGCUGGUCAAGAACAAAGCCAAGAUUCAAACCUCAACUAGUUCUAACAUUGAAGAUGUUUCUCUAAAGCAAUAUGUAUUCUUCUUGCCAUACAUACUCUUGAUGUUUGAAAUUACUGAGCACCCCUACUUCCUGAAUAAUCUUCAAAUUGCCCCUUCAAGUCACCCUAUGUACCUGGCAUUCUAGUGAAUGAGACUGUUGACAACUCUCUUUAAGGGCACUGUUCUCAUCUUUCCUUCUUUAGCUGAAGUUUACAAUUUGGAUGUAAACCUGCCUACAUUUGGAACCAAUAAAAAUCUAAACAUUGUAUUGGAACUGUGCCUUGUCAGGAGUCCACAUGUGGUAAAUGUGAUUCAUGAAUGGUGGCCAAGCUGUUAUACUCUGUGGCUCCACGGUCAGCACAGGGUUAGAAGUAAGAUGAGUGUCACCCAACCAACCGUUUUCUCCAAUGGAAGGAGAAAACAGAGGCUGAAACCAUUUCUGGUUUGUGAGGAGGAUGGAAGUCCUUAAGAAAGGAGAGGAAAUGGCUGAACUCCUCAAAUGGAGAAUGUUUCUUGGGCCAUCUUGGGUAGUACCAAAGAAAGAUGUCUAUCUGAAGAAGAUGCCAAUGAUGAGAGGACAUAAUUUAGUGGCAAAUAUUAGCAAUGAUGAUAUGGCCUUUCCUGGGUGCCAGUAACUGGUCCAAGGAUGCUAAUCGAGGUGGAAAUGAAUUUGUAGCCCAGCCAAGACCCUGUUCUAGCUCCAAUGCUCUCUCAUUGUCACAAGGUAUCGCAUGGCCUUGCAUGGGUCACACAAACUUAAAAAGUCUGAUAGAAGUGAAAAAUGGUGGAUAUUUUGGUGUGGACAUUGCAUUUGUCAUCCAAACUGAAGAUACUGAGAGAGAAAGGGAAAUGCUAAUAAUUAUACUGGGACAAUGUAAUCCCAAAUAAAUUGGGAUAUACAGCCACUCAUGGCAAGCUAUGUACUACUCAAAUUUCAUUUGAUGUAAAAUGAGAAUAAUACCUACUCUCUGUAUCUCAAACACACAAGGUUUUUUAAGAAUUGAAUGUGAUAAUAUCUAUGACAUCAUUUUGUGACCUGUGAAGUACAAUACAAAUACAUAUAUUGAUACAGGUAUGUACUAGACAGUGGAAUCCAUGCUCUGUCUUGGAGCAUGCUUGUGUUCUCAUAUAUAAUGAAGCAAUAAGAAGAACAACAACGUAGAAAUGAGAUACAUUUGAUUAAAUGUGUGACAUUGCUUAAGCUACUUAGCCAGUAAAAGAAAUCCAAAGGGUAGCUCUAAAAAUAUAUUUAGUAAUCUAGUGUAUUUAUAGACAUGAAUCUCACAAAAUGUGGAUAAAACUUCAAUAUAAACAACACUAGAAUUUUCAUGAUUGGAGUUAGUGAAAUUAUGUCUCCUAUUAACACACAUACACACAUACAUACACAUACAUCUCUCCUAACAAACUCACAGACAUACACACAGUGGUUUAUUAUAUUUAACAGACACAUUAGAGUAUCCUGAAUUUCACUCUCACCCUGUCAAGAUACCACUAAUUCUAAAGCAAUCAGUACCAUGCUGUUAAUGAUUACAGUCCUGAUUAACUACAAUCAAGAUGAUGUGUUUGCUAUGCUGGCUCUAAGGUACUGAAAUAUUAAAGAGAAAUGAAUAAGAUGCAUGGUUUGUAUGAAAGAUUAGAAGUAAGAAAUCCACUGAAUAAACAUGAACUUACAUCCAAAUUAUGUGAGCCUCAACUAGCCAAGACACCUUGGUCUACUUGCUAUGUUCUUAAAUUGGAUAGUAUAAAUUUGACUAAGGGCAAAACAGACGUACUGUAUUUUGAUUCAUGCACAUGCAGCCCUAGGAAUUACACUCAAAUUAUAACGAGGAAGUGGGUGCACUCUCUUUAUUUCCAAGGACUGUGAAAAUCAUCAUGUUUGGAUUUAUGUAUGAUGUCUGCAUGGCAAUACACCCAGUAUCCACAGACUACAUACUGGGUAACAAAAGGGAGAUGGAGAAAAGGAUAUUGUCCCUGUCUGCAAAUAGCAAACCAUCUAGGAAAUCAGACUUGCUGUUGUCUUGGAAAAUAGGAGGAGAAGGAGAAAAAAGGAAUGAGAGAGGAGGAGGAGAUGGAAAAAUAAAAUGAA